GCCCCCGUGGGGGCGGGUGCGCCUCCAGACCAGGGACUUCGCGGACUUCCGGUGGCGGCCGGAAGUGGCGGUUACUAAGGCGACGCCAAGCUGCCGGCGCAGCUUUUCAGAGUUUCAUAGAAGUUUCCAGGGCCAGCUUCUGUGAUGUCAUCCCCCGGAGGAAGUCAAGUCCGUAAGAUGAGGCUCUCCAGCUUUGUACGAAAGGUGCUGCUGGAGGUGCCGUCCCCAACAGAGCAGGACUGGCCUCAGGACGAUGAAAAGGAUUUUGCCUUCAAAGAUUCAGAACAGGAGCUGGAAUCCCUGCCUCAGCCUUACCGAAUGAUCAACAAGAUGGUGAACCUUCUGUUUGACCAGGCUUGGGAAGUGAUCAUGAAGAGGGAUGCGCUGAGGGAAGCGGAGCACGGCCGGGUCCAGCCCACCAUCUACCUUCCGCUUGUAGAAAGCAAGCUCAACAAAAUGCCAAAUUGUAUGGCUGUUUCCCAAGACUAUGUGUUCAUUGGAGGAGCCAAAGGGUUCUCCAUCUAUAAUCUGUACGAUGCUAAACGACUGUAUAUUUGGGAGAAACUUAAGGUUGAUGUCACUUCCAUCUGGGCCGCAGAUCUGGGCAGUGAAAUACUUGUUGCUCCUGUGGAUGAAACAGGUAUCGCUAGACUGUUUUAUUUUUGUAAGGAUGGUCUUUUCCUAAUCAAAGCCAUCAAUGAAGUGGACGAUACCAGCAAGCAAACCACCUGUCUGAAGACGGAGAUCUCCCACGGAGGCGACUUCGCAGCCUUCCUCCUACAAGGAGCCGGAGAGAUUUGGCUGGAUGUGUACAGAUUGCCCAAGGAGUCUUGGCUCAAAGAAGUGGAGCACCCCCAACUUGCUAUAAAUCCAAAGAAGAAAGUCAGACAGUUGCAACUGAAUACUCCUGACUCUGUGACUUCAGAUAAUUUGGAAAUGGAUAUAAACAUUUGUUUUAGAGAAGACAUUAAGUUGAGUCUGCCAGUUCACAUAAUGAAGAUCAAACCACCCAAACCAGUUACAGGUACCACAUUUAAAAGCCCCCUGGAAGUCUUUGCAAAGAUUGAGGACUGCUAUGGGCUGGGCUCAGGGCAGAACCACUUCAUCAAGGACACUCAGUGGGAGCAGCAGGAGGCCAUCUUCAAAGCCUUGUUCAAGAAGUACCUGGACGGACAGUGGGGGGAGGAGCAGCUCAGUAUGGCCACGUUCCACUUCCUCCUUCCUGGCCGCGUCACCACCAUGCCAGCGGACGUCAAGAGCCCCUCGGGGGUAGCCUGUGUCCUUGGCAUACACUGGACCGGAAACCACAACUUCUUCCUCUAUUCACUUAACCGAACUCUGAAGGAUAAAGCCGACCCAGAGGGUGUGUGGCCCUGUGCUGCACCCAUUGCUGUCUCUCAGCUCAGCUGCUGCUGUUCCUACCUGGUGCUGGCCUGCGAGGAUGGCGUGCUCACGCUGUGGGACCUGGCAGAAGGUUUCCCUCUUGGGGUCGUCGCCCUUCCCAAGGGAUGUUCCUGCCAGAGUGUUCACUUCCUCAAAUACCACUUAGUCCACCAGGGACAGAACGUGUAUCCUGAGGGGCCCUUGAAAUCCCGCAUGAAGUGUGUGGUGCUGUGCACAGAUUCUUCUGUCCAUCUGGUGACAGCCAGGGGGACCCAAGAACCCACCAUCAGUGUGCUGGUUGAGAGGCCGGUAAAGUACCUGGACGAAGCCAUCUGUGCAGUGGCCCCAGUCCCAGCCUUACCUGGCAUGGUGCUGACCUUUUCCAGGAAUGGCUCUGUGCAGCUCAUGGACGUGGCCAAGCCUCAGAUCAUCUGUGCCUUUGCUCCACCCAGAACCUACCAUCUGGCAGUGCCCUGGACGCCUAUGUUUGUCGUGUCUUUGCACCGCCCGUGUUUCCUGCUCCGAGGAGACCAUCCUGACGAAAUUGAAUCCGACAACGCCAAGGACAUCCAGAAUUCUAUUUUCUGUUUUAAUCUCGAGGCCUACCCGCUCCUGGAAAACAUCUGCAACCUUUGCACCAUUCCUCAAACGGACAUGACCGAUAGCAUGGCCUUCGCCCAGGUGUUGCCCUUGGAGAAAAGAUGCGAGAAUUUCCUCCAGGAGAGGAAAGGGAGCCCCGGAUUCAGGCUGGUAAAGAAGAAGGACUGCCUACCAGUCGCUAUUUUCUCCUCGUCACGACUGUCUUGUCCUCCUGCUUUCUGGAUUCUUUGGUUUUGUAAAACUGUAUUUGGAUGAUCAGACACCAGUCAUGGGAGACAGGGGCUUAAGUCAUGGGCCAGGUUCAGCCCAUUUGCUAUGUCUCAUCAUGGCUGCUUGUGUGCUACAACAGCAGACUUGAACAGUGGUGACAGAGACCACACGACCCAUAAAGCCCACCUCAUUUACUAUCUGGCCCUUUAUACAAACUGGUCACCAGCCCCUGGUCCAAGCCCCCUUGGCUUUAACCGUCGUCUGGACAAAUGGUUCGGCCACACGUCUCUCCCCUUUCUGUGACCCCCAGGCCCGUGGGGACUCUGCCUGUGGCCCUUUCUGCUGUAAAAGCAUAAGGAGCUGUGCUCUGUCUGCUCUGGAGAAGCAGGUGUCUCUUCUAAUCCAUCCACCACUCAUCUCGGUGGUUUGCAAA